CUUUACAAUUAGGACAGUGUGGAAAUCAAAGUAUAUUUUAAAUUAAUUAUGUGUUUUAAAUAAAUUUUAUUGUUAUUAAACUUUAUUUAACCCAGUUGGUUUCGAAUUUUGGAAACGUUUGUGUUUGGAGCAUGGUAUUUCGCCCACCGGAGUUUUGGAAGAUUUCACAACCGAUGGCUUAGAUCGCAAGGAUGUGUUUUUCUAUCAAGCCGAUGAUAAUCAUUAUAUACCGAGAGCUGUGCUUUUGGAUUUGGAACCACGUGUUAUACACACUAUAAUGACAUCGACUCAUGCUAAGCUUUACAAUCCCGAAAACGUUUAUCUUUCCAAACAUGGUGGCGGGGCUGGCAACAAUUGGGCCUCCGGUUUCAGUCAAGGCGAAAAACUUCAAGAGGAAGUAUUCGAUAUUAUCGAUCGUGAAGCAGAUGGCAGUGAUUCUCUAGAGGGCUUUGUACUCUGUCAUUCCAUUGCUGGGGGUACGGGUUCGGGUAUGGGUUCAUAUAUGUUGGAACGUUUAUCGGAUCGUUUUCCCAAGAAACUUUUGCAAACCUACAGUGUGUUUCCCAAUCAAGAUGAGAUCAGUGAUGUGGUGGUACAACCCUACAAUUCUUUAUUAACUCUAAAAAGAUUAACCAAUUGUGCAGAUUGUGUGGUUGUUUUAGAUAAUACCGCUUUGAAUCGCAUAGCUUCUGAUCGUUUGCAUAUAGAAAAUCCAACUUUUACUCAGAUAAAUACUUUGGUUUCGACCAUAAUGUCUGUGAGUACAACAACACUGCGUUAUCCAUCAUAUAUGAAUAAUAAUUUGAUAGGAUUGACGGCACCUUUGAUACCCACGCCCCAGUUGCAUUUUCUAAUGACCGGCUAUACGCCCUUGACCACGGAUAAUGAUCCCAAUUGGAAUAUACGCAAAACUACGGUAUUAGAUGUUAUGAGACGUUUAUUGCAGCCUAAAAAUAUGAUGGUUUCCUCGGCCCCAGAUAAAACUAAUCAUCAUUGCUAUAUCUCCAUUUUAAAUAUUAUACAGGGUGAAGUUGAUCCCACCCAAGUCCAUAAGUCUUUACAACGUAUACGUGAGCGCAAAUUAGCUCAAUUUAUACCCUGGGGUCCGGCCAGUAUACAGGUAGCCUUGUCCCGAAGUUCCCCUUACGUUCAAAGUAAUCACAAAGUUUCGGGUCUUAUGAUGGCCAAUCAUACGGGCAUUAGCUCUCUGUUUAAUCGUUCUCUAGCUCAAUAUGAUAAGUUGCGUAAGAGGGGAGCAUUUUUGGAUCAAUUUCGUCGUGAGGAUAUGUUUAAAGAUGAUUUAUCCGAAUUGGAUAAUUCCCGAGAGGUUAUCGAUUGUUUGGCUCAGGAAUAUGAAGCGGCUACACAGAGGAAUUAUUUGCAGUGGGUGCCAAAAAAUCGGGGAGAGUAGUAUAGUGAAUGUAAUAAAAA